AUGGGUGUGGAGAAGGAGAAGUCGUACACGAGCAUCAUCAUGGACGAGGACGAGUUUAACAGGUCCAUCGAGCCCAUUCUGUCACGGAAGGGUCACGUGUUCGCGUCCCCGCACGAAGAUCGAGACCCCGACGACGUAAACGCGCACCUCAAGGUGUGCUUCGAUGACGUCAUUGCUGAGCCGGAGUCGGUUCGGACCAUGGACCGGGUGUGGAUUUGCAGCCAUGCCAUGUUCGAGGUGGUCAAGUUUGGCCUUUACCGGCUUCUCGGGGCGCUGCUGGCCGUGCCGCUCGCCUUCAUCCUCGGACUUGUGUUUGCUGUCCUCAGCCUCAUACACAUCUGGCUGGUGAUGCCGAGUAUCCGGAGUUUACUGGUGGUGCUGCCGUCGCUGCGGGUGGUGUGGAUGAGCCUGACGGACACGUUCGUCACGCCGUUCUUCCGCAGCCUGGGCAAAAGCUUGUCCUCCGUCCAUGUUCAACACAUGGACGAAUAAAUUCCGGGUGUCCCAAUACUUGUGUGAAUACGAUGUCUCCUAACUGAGCGAGACCUAAUUCAUGGUAUGUUGGUUGUAUAUAUAUUGUAAGAGAAAAAAAAUGCAAGCUUGUCGCACGUUCACUAGCUGCUUUUUUUGUCUGAAUAUCAAACUAAUAUAAAUAAAGAUGUUUAUUCUA